AUAACUUCACUCAAACGUCAUUCAAACACAAAGGCGGGAGCCCUUGUGUCUCCUCCUCCAAGAUAAAUUUAACAUGUCCCUCAUUGUCCUUCCCUCCAUACAGUAUUUGUAUUUAGUAAGUCUAAAGCUCCAGCUAUUUUCAUAGUGUUAAGCGUUCAUGUUAUUUUAUUAUUAUUUUAAAUCUCUGAUAGUUUUCUGCCUACCAUUUUUGACAAGUAAAGACUUUUUUUGUUUUAAAAAGUUCCUGUCCCUGUGUUUCUCCAGUCUUAACAAACAGAAGCAACAUCAGCUUAAAGGCACAACACAAUCUAAAGUGGAUAUACAAAGGAGACUGAGGUCAUUCAUCGACCUGCCUUUGCCUGAGGAAUUGGUGUUUCAAACCAACAAAACCUCUGAGGUAUGGACAGAGACAACAAGAUGAUGAUAUUCUGUCUGUUUCUAGCAGCUUUAAGCAGCCCUGUGGUUACUGCAGAAUGGAAGGCCGAUGUAAUAAAACAACUAGAAGCCCUGGUCACUUCCUGUGUUGUGGUUCCCUGCUCAUUCUCUCAUCCUGGGGGUCCUCUGCCCACCUCCAGACUCAGAGGCAUCUGGCAUCUUAGAAGUGGCAAAGAUCAACUCAUCUAUCAUGAGGACCAGACACUGAUCUUGGAGAACUUCAGGGGCCGCACAAAGUUGUUGGGACAUCUGGGUCAGAGCAACUGCACCUUAGAAAUAACUAAAGUUAGAGAUCAUGACAACGGCCCUUUCUGUUUCCGGAUUGAAUUAACUAAUGCAGCCGCCUCUGACAAGUUCUCCUUUGUGGAGGAUUGUGUUGACCUCAAAAUGCUCCCUGAACCUCCAAAACCGACACUGUCUCACUCAGUGACGGCCACUGAAGGACGUCCCUUCACCAUCACCUGUUCAGUCACCCACACCUGCCCGAGCCAUGCACCUCGUCUCAAAUGGAGCAGGGCCGACCCUGAUGCAGUGCAUGAGGUGCACAAAAAAAGUCGCUUUGGCUACUGGGAGGCAGAGAGCAUCCUGACCAUCACUCCUGAGGAAAAGGACGACCACACUGACAUCACCUGCACUGCAGAAUUUAAUGGAGGCGGUGAAUCCUCUGCAUUAAUGACCCUCUACGUGAAACGUUCUGAAAACUACAACCACAUCAUCAUUCCCACAGUGGCGGUCAUUGGUACAGCUGUGAUCUUUGCAGGCUGCUGCAUUUUCAUGAUGAAAAGAUACAAGAACCGCAUUGCAGAGCUCCAGAAUCAAGAGGGCACUGUGUGGAACCGGCUUUCCAGACUGUCUCGCAGAAGGAGAACUUAAAGAUAAUGAAGAGAAAGCAGAAGAAGUGACCAGAAGCCUCUAUUUCUGUCCCUCGCUGACUGCCACAGUGUCUUUUUUAUGCUCCCACUCUGGACUCACCAUAAACUUUCAAAUCCUAAAUCUGUUUUAAAAGUUUCAGUUUAAUUUUGCCUUAAGAGGCAGAAUUUGUAAUUUUGAAAUAGGUCGUAAAGUUAAACAUUGUACAUCACCGUAGCAGAUACUUUUUAAUUACUGUCAAUCAAAGAAUAGUAAAAAACUUUAAAUUCUACCGCCAUAAACUGUAGAAAACACACAGUUUUGCUGUAAAAAUAUAAAUUUUUCAUGCAAAGUUAAUGGAGAAAUACCACGAUGACACAAUUAUCCUAAAAGUAAUGGGAUUAUUCAGUAUAAAUUACAGUUUUUGCUGAUAUUUACAUUUACAUACGCUCACUGUAUUUUUUACGGUGAUGUUCUGGCAACCACAGCUGCCGGUAUUUUACCGUAAAUUAAAGAGAUUUUUUUUUACAGUGUAGUUUGACAAGCUUGCUUUCACAUAUAUGAGCUUCAGACCUUUAGUAAUAGUACUAAUACCAUGCUAUGAAAAGUGAAACUUACUGAAGUAAAAGUACAAAAGUGUCAGCAUCAAAAUGUACUUAAAGUAUCAAAAGUAAAAGUACUCAUUAUGCAGAAUGGAUCCACUCACUUAUACAUUAUUAUUAUUGAUGCAUUUAUAUAAUCAGCUUUUUAUUUCUCAAUGUAGGGCUCAUUUUUACUACUUAAAUAUACUGCCAUGAGGUUUAAUUUAAAAAAAUAAUGUCUAAUGUUAAAUUGAUCAUGUUUUUAUGUUAAAUCUUCACUUAAAAUAUAGAAGACAAAAAACAAGAUGUAAAAUUCUGUUGAUGCUUGAAAGUUUUAGCAGCCUAGUUCUCUAAAAAGCAAAAGCUAAAUUUGAUAUGUUGAGUUUAUAUAUUAGCAGGUGUGUGAGGUUCUCAGUUGUUAAUUAUAGCCAGUGAUGACACAGUGUGCUGCCUUGUGUGAAUGUGUGAAUUAUUGAGCUUACUGAGAAAAAGAAAUAUUUUAAACAUUAUUUCUAUUUAAAAAUCAACAACAAGCCAAUUUGAAUUCACCAACACCCACCACUUCCUGUUUCCUGAACACAGUCACCAGUAAUGUAAACUGUUUUUUUCUUUGUAGCCUACAUUAAAGUUUGAUUUU